AUGCCUGGAAGCAAACCAACCGUCCUCCGACUUGGCGAGGAUAUCAAGUACAACCCUGACUACUACAGCGACACAUUCACGCAACGUUUCGAUAUGGUCGCAAACGAGGAGCCGGAUCGAGCCUCGUUCAUUGCAGCACUCAAGUCAAAGAAGUAUGGUGAUUUCUCCGCCAUAUUCCGCCCGCAUUUUCAGUCAGGGGGCGAGAUGGGACAGUGGGACGACGAGCUGAUCUCGCUACUCCCGCCAUCCGUACGUAUCUUCGCCUCGGCUGGCGCGGGCUUCAACUGGGCUAAUGUCGACGCCCUCGGCCGCGCCAAAAUAUGGUACGCCAACGGUGCCGGCGCAAGCGACGAGGCUGUCUCGGACACGGCCCUAUUCUUCAUCCUCUCCGUCUUCCGUAAUUUCUGGCGUUCGCAGCGCGCGGCGAGGACCUGCGACCCGGAGCAGUUCAUGGCCAUGCACCGCCUGGUCGGGAGCAUAUCCUGGAACCCUCGCGACCACGUUCUCGGCAUUGUCGGUUUGGGAAAUAUCAGUAAGAAGGUCGCCCUCAAGGCACGGACAGCGCUGGGCAUGAAGAUACACUACUUUGACGUCUGCCGCUCGCCACCAGAGGUCGAGCAGGAGCUGCAGGCGACUUAUCACCCUACCCUCCACGAGCUCCUUCGCGUGUCGGAUUGCGUCACACUUCACGUCCCGCUGAACGCGCAUACCCGGGACCUUAUUAAUGGCGAUGCCCUCGCGGCUAUGAAGGAUGGCUCGAGGCUCGUCAACACGGCGCGGGGCGAGGUCGUCCAUGAGGAGGCUCUGAUAGCGGCUUUGAGGAGCGGCAAGUUGUCGGCGGCGGCGCUCGACGUGCACUACCACGAGCCGCAGGUUUCUCGGGUGCUUGCCGAGAUGGAGAAUGUCACACUGACAUGCCAUAACGGCGGUGCAGCAAUAACAACCCGAUUGAAUUUUGAGCUGGGGGCGAUGAAGAAUAUUGUUAAGGUGGUUGGCACUGACGGCGAAUUCAUUGGCGAACCGUUGACGCCGGUAAAUAGGAAAGCUUUCGAGGCUUCUUGA